UGAGGCAGGCAUGUAAUGCUAUGAACUUCUCUCUCAGAAUGGCUUUCACUGUAUCCCAUAGAUGUUGGGUUGUUGUGUGUUCAUUUUUAUUUAUUUCCAGGUAUUGCCCUAUCUUCUAAAGGGCUCACUUGUUAUUUUGGUUACGGUGAAUUGGGGUUAGAGAGGAGAAGGCAAUGAGUUAGGGAGAAGUGCCUGAGAAUUCCAGGUCUUCCCUACCUCUUCCCCUAGCCAUCUCUCAGGGAUUCUUCUCAAGAGCCACGGAAUAUUCCCAUAGUCCUUGAGGAUCGCCACCACAGAGACUGGGAGUUGGGUUCUGUUGCUCUGGUGACCAAUUGUGUGGGGCCUCUGUAUUGGAACUGCCAGGUUUCUGGGAAGAGGCAGGCCAGGGAAGCUCAGACAUAGAGGAAGCCUUGGGGCAAAACGCAGGAGAGAGCCUAGGAGUGGAGUCAUAGUCCUGGUUCUACUUUCAUCUCAGUGAUGACUACCCUUUCAGUGUUCUUGGAUGUUCCCCCAGCUCAGAAGCUAGAAGGCAGUUUGUUAAAGAUCUACAAACAAGACGACUCCUCUAAGAAGAUGUUCCUGGCUUAUAAAGUCUGCAUGACCCAGGAAGGACAGCCCUGGGUGUCUUUCGUGGUGCACAAAAUCCGACUGCAGCUCGCCCAGGAUCCCUCCCUGAACUACGAGUAUCUACCGGUGAUGGGCAUGAAAUCAUUCAUCCAGGCCUCGUUGAGACUUCUCUUUGGAAAGCACAGCCAAGUCAUUGUGGAGAACAGGGCAGGGGGUGUGCAAACUGUUGGUGACAGUGGUGCCUUCCAACUUGGGGCCCAGUUCCUCAAAACUUGGCGUCAGGAUUCUCAAAUAGUCUACGUCAUUUCUUCUCAAAAAGAACGUCAUGGACUCAUCUUCCAGGACAUGGGCUUUACAGUUUUUGAAUUCUCCUUCUGGGACCCUGAGCAGCUGUGCAUGGACUCCAAUAUGCUCUUCAGUGUGGUGAAGCAGGCCCCAUAUGGCUGUAUCUUUGUGAUUGGGAACAUUGACCACUGCAAGAUGACACAAUAUCAGUGGACAAAGUUGAUGGCCACCAUGAAGAGAAAGCGGAUAUUCCUAUUUUUUGACAUCCCCUAUCAAGGGUUAGCUACCGGUGACCUGGAAGAAGAUACUAAAUUCUUACAAUACUUCGUGUCCGAAGGCUUUGAAUUCUUCUGCAGCCAGUCUCUGUCCAAGAGUUUUGGCAUUUAUGAUGAAGGAGUGGGGAUUCUAGCCGUGGUGACACUCAACAACCAGCUCCUGCUGUGCGUCCUCUCCCAGCUGAUGAACUUCGCCUUGGCCCUGUGGCUAAACCCUCCCACCUCGGGGGCGCGCAUUAUCACCUCCAUCCUCUGUAACCCUGCUCUGUAUGAAGCAUGGAAGCUGAGUCUAAGAGAGGUCGCAGAACACCUUUUGCUCAUCAAAGAAAAGGUUAAAGAGAAGCUCCGGCUCCUGGGGACGCCUGGCUCCUGGGAUCACAUCACUAAUCAGAAUGGGACCCAUGGCUAUCUUGGGCUCAACUAUCAACAGAUAGAAUACUUGGUCAAGAAGAAACAUAUCUACAUCCCCAAGAACGGUCGGAUUAACUUCACCUGUAUCAAUGCCUGCAACAUAGAUUACAUCACUCAGAGCAUCAACGAGGCUAUCUGCUUCACAAAGAGCUCUGGGAAAAAAAAACCCUCCAGAAAGUCGAUAUCUCCUAAUUUAGAAUAAAAGCGUGAGUCUUGCAA